CAGCGUUCUAUGCAGCCGUCUAGGCAGUGCUUAGACAUUAUAAGCUUUAUAAAACCAUGACGAUUACCUUCUAAACGGCUGAGAGAAUUAUAAUAUUGUAAUAAUAUUAUAAUAAUAAUAUAUAAUUUAUUAUUCACAAAAUAUAAUAAUAAAUAUAUUAUAGUGUAAAAUUUAAUGAAAAUAAAUAAUAUAAAUUUUAUUAUUAGUAAAUAAUGAUAUUAACAUAAAAUAUUACAUAUAUUUACUAUAUUAUUAUAAUUUAUGAACGUCUAAGCUGCUUAGCUAAUGUUUUAAGCAUCAGUUUUGUUUUUAGUCACUACGCGUUGAGUCACUUCAUGAUUAACGUCUAGCGCUUUCUUGAACAUUGGUAUCAGGAGAUCUAGCUGGAAGCAAAAAAAAGAGUGAAGUAGAGUAAUUUGACACACUGCCAUAGCUUUUCCAACUACGAGUCGCUAUUAAACUAUCACAUGGAUUAUAUCAAUGGUUUUUAAAAUUUUAGUUGUUUAAGAUGAUUUAGUUUCAAAUAAAUAAUGAUCGUUAUAUAAUGAUAUAAAAAUGUCGUACUUGUUAGUUUUAGUCAUUACAUGCAGCCCGUAACAUUAAAAAUUUUAGUAUGGACCCCCAAGCUAAUUUAGCAAAUAUCCAAAUAAUGAUAGUUGGUAAUGUAAAUUUGUAAAAUAUGGGUCAGGAGCCCUAAGCAGCUGCUUAUGUAGCCUACUCUCUGGACCGGGCCUGAUUACAUGCAUUCGGUGACAACAGUUAUAUAUUUCGAACAUAAAUUAAAGUUCUGCAUUCUUGUUUACAAAUUAGAUAACCACUAUUGAAUCGUAAAAUAUUUUGACUAAAAAUCAUAAAUACAUAUUAUUAUUUUUUUAACGCUAAUUUAUAUUAUGAUCAAUUACGAUAUGAGAAAGAUUACAUAUAUCAUUCGAUAACCGACAAUACUACCUGCUUUAUGAAGAUCUACGCUUAACUGCAUCACCUGGGCCGUCCUAUGAAGAUCCACGUCUGACCAGAUUUACUUGCACUAUGUUGAAGAUCCCUUAUAAAUCUUUCUUCCGUAGUCUGCAUAAUUGUUUAAUAAAUCGCUCUCUCCGGGACUUCAAAUCUAGAUUUCAUGUAAUCUACAAUAAAUUGCAUAGUAAUUGCAUAGUCUGGGAUUUGAACCCCAGACCUGGGUGUAGAAGUCUUUAAACCUUAACCAUUAGCCUACGGUGCUUCCAUAAAUACAUAUUAUUCAAUGUGUUAAUUAUUAUUAAUAAGUAAUAAAUUCAUUGGAUUGACUAUGUCACGAAUUAUAAUUUUCUCCCAUCUUUGAACAUAAAUUAAUUUGGUAUUCUUGUUAACAAAUUAGUUAAAUUGUAUUUUGACUAUGACCACUAAUUUGGCGUGUGAUAUAUUUUAUCACAAACUCUCAACAACCUCUUUUUUUCUACCAUAAAAGAAUCUGCAAAAGCAGUAUCUUCUCACACAACCCAAAAAAAUAAAACUAAAAAGAGAGAUCAAACUCAAAGAGUGAUCAAUCAUGACAAAGAAGGUAAAACUUGCGUUGAUGGAAAAUGAAAAAUCUAGAGCAAUAACGUUGAAGAAAAGGAGGUCGGGGUUAGUGAAAAAGGUAAAAGAAAUAUCAACAUUAUGUGAUGUAAAAGCUUGUUUGAUUAUGUUCUCCCCUAAAGAGGUUGAACCAAUGGUGUGGCCAUCUGCUGAGGCGGCUCGUAACCUCCUCAAAGACUUCGAUGCCUUGCCGGCGUUCACGAAGAAGAAGAAUGAGACGAGUCUGGAGUCGUAUCUGAAGGAGAAGACAUGGAAGGUUCAUGAGAAUUUGAGGAAGAAGACUCAGAAGGAGAACGAGGAGUGUAUGAUGGAUCAGUUGAAGGUGCAGCUAAGCAGCUUCCCUAAACUUGAUGAUCUUGACGUGAAGGAGAUCUAUUCAUUGAUCUCUUUCUCAAAGGACGCCAUCAUGCAUUUGAGGAAGAAGGUAGGUUCGGUUCAGCAUUGUCCUCUUCGCGAUCCACCGGUGUAUCCAUUUGAAGACCAGGUCAAGGAGUUUAGGACCACCACAGGAGGCAGCCAGGAAAAUGAGAGAGCUAGGAAGACUUAUGAAGAGGUGAACAUGGCUAGCAUUGGUGCUUCAAAGGAGAAGCAAACCUACUACUUGAUGGAUAAAUGGAUUUUCCCAUCUUUGAAGCAACCUUCCCCUCAAAGUCAUCAACAAAUCAUGAUGAACAUGGCAUCUUACAACAACAGCACUUUAGACCCUAGAUGUUAUCAGAGUUAUCAUCCAUAUCAGGGAAGUAGUAGCAAUGGAGACCAUAAUUUGGAAAUGGCGCCGGCUUUUCCACCAAUCUUGGCCUGCCCUGAUUUUGUUGGACCAGUGUCUCACCCAUACCCUUUUGAUUUCAUAAGCCAUGAGGAACGAAGCAACGCUAUCAACAAUGUUUUCUUUCCAGAGACACUAGCACCAGGAAAUGGAACAACCGCCGAAGAAGGUAAUGUUGGUGCUAGCUCAUUUGAUCCUAGUUAUAUUAUGGAUUACCCGGGAAUUAACAAUCAUCAUUUCUAGAUAUGUAGAAAUGUAUAAUGUAUUAAAUUUGGUAUGAAUUUCUUUGAAACUAUGUUUGCAUGUUUGUUUUUCCUGCUUCCAGUUUAUGUUUUGUGUUUGUAUGCUUUUGGAUUUAUAGAUCUUUAUUAUCUUUUGUUAUUUUGAAUAACCAUGAUGUCCGAUGUUCAAGAAAUCACUAGACGGUGGCCAGACGCCUUAUACAAGAUUAGUGUUUAGUCAGACGCUUAUAUCUAUUUUUCUAACGUCUAAAUGAAUUUUUUUUUUAAAACUAGGUAUCUGUCUAUUCAGAAGCCGACUAUACCGAUUUUUAGAACACUUUGUCCAACUAAUCAAUAAUCAACCAAUGUCCAUUUGGGAAAAUCAGAACAUUGUAUACUUAAAAACAAUAUUGUACACUACCUAUACAUUUUCGUGAAAGACAUGUUUAUUAACUUCCAAGUAUAUAUCUGACUAUUAACUUCAUGAAAAGUUACAAUCCAAGGAAUAAAAUACAGAAUAUAUAUAGCAUAAAAUCAUGCGAGCAAGAGACAAAAUAAUUAAACACACAAAAGCAGGAGAGAAA